AUGAAGCAGAACUUCGAGUUUGUAGUGAAGAAGUCAGCUUGGAGAUGCCGAGAGAAGGCUUUUUCUUAUGUCAGAGGGACACUGGAAGCAUCCUACCAGAAGUUACCAUCGUACUUGUUCAUGCUUCAACAGAAAAAUCCCGGGACGUUGACAGAUUUUGUCACUGAGGAAGAUCGAUUCAAAUAUUGCUUUUUCUCACUCGGAGUUAGUAGAAGAGGGUUUCGUACAUGUCGUCCUGUGUUAUGUGUGGACGGUACCUUUUUAAAGACAAAAUACGGUGGGCUGAUGUUAUGUGCAGUCGCACUGGAUGCAAAAAACCAUCUAUAUCCAGUUGCAUUUGGUAUUGUGGAUAGUGAGAAUCAUGAUUCUUGGAAGUAUUUCAUGUCAAAGCUAAAAGAAGCGAUUGGGGAAGUCGAGGACCUGGCGUUUGUAUCUGACAGGCAUGCAAGUAUUACACAUGCCUUGGAAACUAUUUUCCCCGAUGCCUAUCACGGUGCUUGCUACCACCACAUUAGUAUGAAUGUGGUUGCUAAAUUCAAGACUGAUCAUUGUCAUGUGUUGAUGUAUAAUGCGGCAUAUGCUUUUAGGAAAUUCGAGUUCCACGCUAACUUCGAACAAAUUAAAUCAAAAGACCCAGCCAUUGCUCAAUACCUAGAAGGAAUGGGUUUUGAUAAGUGGUCCCGUGCUUACUUUCCUGGAAAUAGGUAUAAUAUAAUGACAAGCAAUUACGCUGAAAGUUUCAACAAUAAGACCCGGGAUGCUAGGAGCUUUCCGAUAACUACAUUCGUCGAAUUUAUUCGCUUCACACUACAGUCCUGGUUCUGGAGGCAUGAGUUCCAUGUGUUAGAUGGUGAGCUGAAUGGUGAAGUCGACCUCCUGAAUAAGACAUGCACAUGCGGCGUGUUUCAGAUUAUUGGUAUCCCAUGUGCUCAUGCACUAUCUGGAUCCCUUAAGCGAGGGGUGAACUUUUAUUCGUUGUGUUCAGAUUACUAUAAAAUUGAGACAUGGAGGUCCUCUUACACAGAAUCUAUAUAUCCUACUGGUAACGAGGAAGAGUGGAUUGUUCCACAUGACAUUAUGACAAUAACAGUGAGAACACCUGCGCAGAAAAACCCGGUUGGUCGUCCAAAGAAGAAACAAGGUAGGCCUAAGACAAAACGCCAUCCUUCCAAUGGAGAUAAAUUGGUUGUUCCACGCAAGUGCAGCACUUGUGGAGGUCUAGGCCAUAAUAGGGCAACUUGUAAAGUUCGUGUUUGA